CACACACACACACGCCAGUCUUUGCAGGCGGCAAUUGGAUGAGAGGAAGCGAAGGCACAGUGAAGUUCUCGCUUCCUUUGCUCCUUGUGGUUCCAAGAAUCUCGUCUUUAAGAGUACAGGGUGGAAAUCUUCUUGAAAGGGAAGUGAGGGGGAGAGAGAGAAGCGAGGAAGACGUUGAAAAGGAUGGUGGCUUUGGUGUCUCGGCAUGGGAGGAGGCUGCAGCGGUACAGCUCCGGUCGCCGCCUCGUCGUCGGAUGCAUCCCCUACAAGUUCAAGGAGGAGGACGAGCCAGCGAUCGAGGUGCUCGUCGUAAGCUCUCAAAAGGGUCCUGAGCUUAUGUUCCCAAAGGUUGAUGCUCCUCUGUCUCAUCUGAUCUGCAAUCUUCUGUAUCGGCCUAUGCUUUAUGAUCAACCACAAGGUCUUGCGUUCUUCCGACAGGGUGGUUGGGAGCUCGAUGAAAGCAUGCCCGAAGCAGCUUCCAGGGAGGCGUUCGAGGAAGCCGGAGUGCGUGGAAACUUGGAGGGCACGCUUGGCAAAUGGACGAGCAAGGGGGACGACAAGGUCCACUUCAUGUACGCGUUGAGAGUUACGGAGGUGCUGCAGCAGUGGCCGGAGAUGGACGCCCGAGAACGGAAGUGGGUGACCGUGGAGGAAGCAAGGGAAGUGUGCAAGCAUUCAUGGAUGAGAGAAGCAGUGGAUAAGCUGGCAGACCUUCUAUCAAGUCCAAGUGGGCAAGAGAUGAACUCAGCAUAGCAUACUAACAUCACUGACCAUUAAAAACAGAACAUUCUUUUAUUUUAUUAUUCUAUCAUUAUUGUUAUUUAUCGAACAAUGAGUUAGGAUUCAUCUCAUCUACUACCUUAAACAAGGGAGGGAAGCUGCGUGUCAGUAGGAAAGUAUCCAUGUUGUUCUUCGGCAAAAAGCUUUGCUGGAUUGGUGUAUCUAUAUUUAAUGUUUAAAAGAAAUAGUGAUUCCAA